AUGGGAUACAGGAUCAAUGGCUUUUACCGCGGAAUGUUUUUUCCAUUUGUUACAACUGGCGGCAUCAAUUCCAUUCUGUUUGGAGUCUAUGGCAAUCAUCUGCGCCAGCUGAGGCGGGUGUGUCACAGCGACUAUCAGCGCGAACAGUUGGAGUACAAAAAUAUGUUCAUAGCCGGAUCGAUAGCGGGUUUUGUGCAGUCGUUUGUAGCCUGUCCCAUAGAGUUGAUCAAAAUCCGAUUGCAGACACAUCAUUAUUACAACAAAUACAUCUAUGGUCACAAAAUGACACCGUUCUGGAUGUUCAAAAGAAUUAUUAAGGCUGAUGGAUUCUCCGGACUAUUUCGGGGUCUGGUGCCGAUGAUGUGUCGUGACGUGUUUCCCUAUGGCAUAUAUAUGUUGGCCUAUCGUUACACCACCACAUAUUUGGAUCAAACGGAAUUUGUACAGCAGCGGCGGAGACUACGUUCCGAAGAUGAUACUCAGGUGGAUUUUGUGGUGACAACAUUGGCGGGAGCGUGGGCAGGCAUUCUCUCGUGGGUGUGUGUGAUACCCUUCGAUGUGGUGAAGACCAUAAUGCAGGCGGAGGAGAAUCGGCAGUAUCGUUCGAUAUGGCAUUGUUUGAAUAAGAAUUUUAAGCGUUACGGCUGGCGCAGCUUGUUCCGUGGCAGUUGGAUGCUGGUGGUCAGAGCAAUACCCUUUAAUGCCGCCACCUUUUUGGGCUAUGAAUAUGCUUUGGAAUGGUGUCACAAAUAUUUUCAAGUUCAAAUCAAAUCAAGUCCAAAAUAUUAUUAGCGGCAUAGAAAUGAAAGUAGUUUUGCCUGGUUUUUGUAAAAUUCGAAUUUAACGAAUUCGAAUAUGAAAUAGUAAAUCACUCGAAUUCGUUCGAUUAGAUUUUUACUAAAACACAUGGUUUUUUUAAUUGUUU